AUAGAGUUAAGAACGGUACUGAAGUUAACAUGUUAGUAUUGUGUAAAUCUUCACAUUCUAGAGGAAUUAACGGUGUAACGUUACAUCUGAUAUAGUUUAAGGCACAAAAGUAUUAUUUUUAAGACUUUAAAUACUUUGACACACAGGUUUCAGUGUUUAUGGUUCAAUCAACGACCAGAUGGAGUUAUAUCUCUGGAGCUCACUUGCUGAUGCAUAGUUGCGUCAGUGACGCUUUUAUGUUGAAAGGACGCUACUAGCGGCUCUUCCGGUCAGCGCGUGUGACUUGACAGCAGGUCUGUCUGGGCUCAACAUCAAUAGCAGCCUUCAGCAGAAAGCGCUGCUGCUGCUGCGGGAUCCUCCGGGGAGCGGGCACAGGGCGACGGGCUGCUUCUGCCAGCCGGCCGUCACACACACACACACACACACACACACACACACCGGGCCUCUCAGGUGUCACACCCGCAUCUGGAGGAGCGACCAGCCGGGAGAAGAACCGCCGGACCGGGGAGGAGGUGACAUGCCCUCCGCCGCUUGGCGCAGUCAGUGCGCUGCUCGCUGUCAGCUACGGAGCGGAAUGGUGCAUUUGAAUCCUUCCUUUUAACGCCUGACUCAAGCCCGCAUCUGUCUCCGGAUUAUUUUAGGGGGAAAGCAGCAGUUGACGGCGGAUCGCGGAGCCGCCGGAGAAUGCAGCAGCGCGGCUGUGAGCCUGCAGGUGGAUGGCCAACCUGACGGUGCCGCCGUCCCUCCGAUCAGCCGCUGCCGCUGCAGCAGCAGCAGCUCUGGCUUCAGCCGGAGCUGCAGAGACUCAGUGAAACCAGACAGAACCAAAUCGGACGAGUAAAGCCCCGCCAUGCUUCCCGGGGUCGGCGUGUUCGGCACCAGCCUGACCGCCAGGGUGAUCAUCCCGCUGCUCAAGAACGAGGGCUUCGCCGUCAAAGCGCUGUGGGGCCGGACGCAGGAGGAGGCGGAGGAGCUGGCCAAGGAGAUGAACGUACCGUUUUACACCAACCGGAUCGACGACGUGCUGCUGCAUCAGGAUGUGGAUCUGGUCUGCAUCAACCUGCCGCCGCCUCUGACGAGGCAGAUCGCAGUGAAGACGCUGGGUAUUGGCAAGAAUGUCAUCUGUGACAGGACCGCAACGCCUCUGGAUGCCUUCAGAAUGAUGUCAGCUGCCCAGUACUACCCCAAGCUGCUGAGCAUUAUGGGAAACGUGCUGCGUUUCUUGCCCGCCUUUGUUCGAAUGAAGGAGUUGUUAGAAGAAGGGUACAUCGGAGAGCUUCUGGUCUGCGAGGCUCAGGUCCACAGCGGUAGUCUCCUGGGUAAGAAAUACAACUGGAGCUGUGACGAUCUGAUGGGAGGCGGUGGCCUGCAUUCAGUGGGCAGUUACAUCAUUGACCUGCUUACAUUUCUGACUGGACAGCGUGCAGCCAAAGUCCAUGGCUUCCUGAAAACCUUUGUCAAACAGACGGACCACAUCAGGGGCAUCCGUCAGAUCACGAGUGACGACUUCUGCACGUUUCAGAUGGUACUGGAGGGAGGCGCCUGCUGCACCGUCACGCUCAACUUCAACGUCCCUGGAGAGUUUCGGCAAGAGGUGAUAGUGGUGGGGACUGUGGGGAGGUUGACGGUCACGGGGACCGACCUGUAUGGACAGAAGAACAGUGGUGGUGGAGGAAGUGGUGGUGGUCCCGAACUUCUGCUCAAAGACACCACGCCUCUUGAGAAGGCCUCCCUGCCAGAAAAGGCCUUCAGUGACAUUCCAUCCCCGUAUCUCACCGGGACGAUCCGCAUGAUCCAGGCGGUGCGGCAGGCCUUUCAGGACCAGGACGACCGGCGGACGUGGGACGGGAGGCCUCUGACGAUGGCCGCCACUUUCGAGGAUUGCCUUUAUGCUCUUUGUGUGGUGGAUACAAUCAAGAAGUCCAACCAGUGUGGAGAGUGGCAAAACAUUGUUGUGAUGACGGAAGAACCGGAGAUCAGCCCGGCCUAUUUAAUCAGCGAGGCCAUGCGGCGGAGUAGGAUGUCACUCUACUGUUAACAUCCGGCUGAUAUGCUGAACGCCCGUGUCACCAUGGAAACUAGUUGUGGCACCAGAAUGGCCUCGGUAUUGAUAAAAAAAAACUUUUUUUUAAUAGAGCUACUGAAUUCAGUUAAAUUUGUCCCCCGUUUGUUUUGAUACUUAUAAAUCUGUAUGGCUACUGUUACAGACAGUUUACACCACUAUGAUACAGAGCUGUGGUUUCCCAGCCUUAGCAGUAGAGGAAAAGCAAUGUGAUUAUUAGUCAAACCUUUAUUUAUGAUAAGGAAGCUUUCUCAGUUUUUUGUUCAUUCUGACAGAGGACUUGAGCCCUUCCAGGUGAUGCACUUGCAAAUCAAACUGAUUCAUGCAACAGAAAAACCUAGAGUGGAGAUAUAUCAGGGAGUGGAAGUACUUAUGGUCGGCUGGUUGAUCAGUAGCAGGCAUCUCCGCAGGGAUUUGCUUCUCAAGUUCCCAUUUUACAAAACAGAUGCCUGUGAUUUUAGACGUUUUUCACCCCUACGCUGCUGCUUGAUCAAACCGAUACUGCGUGUUCUAUCUCUGCUUCUCUUCUAUGUGACUGGGUCUGGAACGAACACCUUACACUGUGGGUCCGAACAAGGACAGCCAAGGAAGAACGAUAGUCUUCUCAAAUUGUGCCGCUCUGUUGUUGCUGUACUUGCUAGUUUUACCAAGUGAAUGUUUAAAAAAAACAAACAAAAAAGUCAGUGCGCUUGAUAGUCAGUCUGUGUCUGCUCUGUAUGCUUCUCUGUAUGUGUGAAACAAGAGACAAAAAAUCAAUA